UCUUUGGAGCCACCAAGGCAUUGGGACUUUUGGUCCUCAUGCUGGCGUUGUGUUUUGGAUUGAUUUUCGGUAUUGGAGGGCCCAAAAUGGACUUUUCCACCCCGUUCAUGAGUAAGUUGCAGUACUUAAUGAGCGAACAUGAACAGGUGGAAAGGCAGUUACAACAGCUGCAAAGGGAGUUCAUGGACAUUAAAAAAAGGAUGGACUUCCUUCUUCCAGUUGGGGACAGGAUGCCCAACUUUGCUCUGGAGGGACUGGGAGCAAAGAUGGUAAAAGAACAGUCUUCAGCAUCCUACCUUCCAGAACAGUCUGGAUUGAAGCUGUGGGGGCUUACAUUAAUACCUGCAAAACCACCAUGUGUAAGCCCAAGAGUGGUUAUUCAGGGUCGAGCACCCAUGGUCCCAGGAGUGUGUUGGAGUUUUGCAGGCUCCCAGGGACAUUUAACAAUUGAGCUCUCCCACAGCAUCACGAUCAGUCAUGUGACACUGGGUCAUAUUUCUAAGAUGGUGUCACCAUCUGGAAAGAUCUCCAGUGCUCCCAGGAUGUUUUCAGUGUUUGGAAAGAGAGCGUUAGGCGACAGUGGCGUCCACCUGGGAACAUUUCUAUAUGAUGAAAAUGGAGAUCCACUGCAGACAUUCAGGAUACCCGACCACAAAGUAGAUGUCAUCCGCUACAUCACGCUGCAUGUGUUGAACAACUUGGGCAACCACAAGUAUUCCUGUCUGUACAGCUUCGGAGUUCAUGGAAAGCUGACAUAA